CCGACCGCGUUCGGCCCGCCUGCGGGCGCGGGGGGGGCCGCGGCUACGCAGCCCGAGGGCAAGGGGGCCGCCCGUGGACAGGAUCGACGCGCGCGACAACGCGGAGACGGCGAGAAGAAGUCCGACCUAGGGUUCAAGAUCGCCCAGAAGCAGCUCCAGGGCGUCGUGUUCGACUGCGCCCCCAUCGACGCGAACAGCCACGAGGCGACCAAGAUGAGCGAGAUGGGCGCCGAGUUUUCAGAGGCGUUCAGCGCCGCUGGCCGCGGGCGCAGUUCGGGCCCCCCCCCAUCCUGGGUCUUCGGCGGCCCCCUGACGGGACUGAUGGAGCGGAAAGAGGCCGUUGGCGCGACCAACGCGAAGAAGCUGACCGAGAUCCGCGCCACGACCGAGCAGAUGGAUGUCGCCACCAAGGCGGACAAUAUCAAGUUCUGCAAGAUGGACUGGUGCUACGACCAGAACAAGAAGAAGUUGCUCUUGCACCUCGACCCGACGUUCCGCUCGGUCAUCCUCGACUGUCUGACCCGGACGGUGGCGGAGAUGCAGCAGGGCCGAGCGCCCCCGACGCACAUGGAGCGCGAGCUGCAGGAGUGGCUCGAGGCGUUCACGGACAUGUUGGUGCUACUAGUGAUCGGCGAGAUAAG